CCAAUAGGCACGAAGCGAGGGUUUGCCGAUCAAGGUCGCGGUAAUGGCUUCCUAGGCAGGACUUACUUUGUUUAUGCCGCUGUGGGUAGCUCAGUAGCUGCGUUUAGUGUGCUUAAUGUACAUUAUAAUACAAAUCUGCACGGUUGUGAAGAAAGCUCGGAAUCUGACACCUUCGUGCCGGGAGUUUCUCGCUCAUGGGGUUGAGUUGUAUGGCUGAAUGAGGCUAUCGCCUAUGGUACCGUAGAAGGAUGAACUCCAUCGCCGGUCGGGAUCUCUCAGUGUCCGCUGGAGCUGUCAGCAGCAACCCCGGAGCAGCAUCCUCCAGGGUCCUGCAUGUGGAGCUCACAUCACAACAGAGACGUCUACGUCACUUGCGGAGCAUAGCGGCCCGUAACAUCGUGAACAAGAAUGGCUCUCCUCUACUGGACACUUACUUCACCCUUCACCUCUGCCAGGAAGAUCAGAUAUCACGAGAUUUUUAUAAGAGUGAAGUCAUCCGAGACUCAUUGAACCCGACAUGGCGGAGCUUAGAUUUUGCAAUGCUGCCGGACCUCUUGGACACGUCUGUGUCGUGUUUUGUGGUGAGAAUAUGGGGUGGCAGGGAAGAACAAUACCAACUGCUUAUUGAGUGGAAGGUCAACCUAGAUGGGCUCAGAUACACAGGACAGCAGAUUCGCUCCAGAAAUCCAAAUGAGAUCAUCUUUGGACUGAACGAUGGCUACUAUGCAGCUGAUUUUGAUCAGAAGGAGAAUUCUGACAGGAAGAAGAACAGUUUGCUCCAGGUGGACCAGAACUCUGUUAGAAACUCAUACAGUGUUUUCUCUUUACUGAGGCUUCGCACGGCCCAGAGAGCCAUUAAGCAGACUCAGGUGACAGUUCAGAAGAUUGGAAAGGAAAUUGAAGAGAAACUGAGGACAACAGCGUCCUGCACAGAAAAGAAGAAAGAGAGGGAGUGUAUGCAGCUACAUAUUGGGAUUCUGAGGAGUGAGUUGGAAAGACAAAGGAAGGCGCUGACGAGAGAAAUGGACUUGAUGCAGAAAGAGAGCGCACAGCUUGUAAAGAAAGAGGAGGCGUCAUCUACCAAGCACCAGGGUCUGGAGUCUGAGCACAAGUCUUUGACGGAGUUGCAGAAGGAAUGCACUGCCAAAAGAGAGCUGUUUCUGAAGUCUAACGCCCAGCUCACUUUCCGCUGUCGUCAGCUUAUAUCAGAGCUUUCCUACAUUUAUCCCAUUGAUGUGAACAAUCAGAACGAUUAUGUGAUUUGUGGUGUCAAACUGCCCAAUUCUGAAGACUUUCAAGCAAAGGAUGAUGGGAGUAUUGCGGUGGCUCUGGGUUACACGGCACACCUGGUGCUGAUGAUAUCAUUCUUCCUGCAUAUUCCGCUCAGGUAUCCAGUCAUCCACAAGGGUUCCCGUUCCUCCAUCAAAGACACCAUCACUGACAAACUCACAGAGAAGGAGAGAGAGUUCCCCCUUUAUCCCAGAGGAGAGCGUUUCCAGUUUGAAUACGGUGUCUAUUUGCUCAACAAAAACAUCGCCCAGUUGAGGUACCAGCAUGGGCUCUCCACCCCAGAUCUGCGUCAGACUUUACCCAACCUCAAAAACUUCCUAGAGCAUGGACUACUUGUAAGAUGUGAUAGGCACCAUGUCUCCAUGUCCAUCCCUGUCCCUCUGAAGUCUCAUCUCAGCGUUUCCACCGCAUCCGAAGUGGGAUUUCCGACCCUCUCCGGUUCCCCUGAGCGCGACGUCCAGAAGCGGUCUGGCUCAGAUCCAGAUAAACAGAAAUUCCGAACCCCUCCGCCUAGUUACAACACGGCCAUGGCUCAUCCUGAUCCCAUGACCACUCCGGAGAUUCCAUCAGCGCCGUCCACAGAGAUUGCGAGCGUGGAAGUAGGUAAGACUGUAGAAACACAUGAGGAUGGAGAGACUGUGUCCGAGGCACAUAUGGAGAAACCUCUGGAAGUACCUACAGACUCCGCACCUCAGCACCCAGGGGCCAUGAACGGCUCGGCCGUGCCCAGCGGGGGUAUGGGAUUGGGUGUUGCGAGUGGAGGCGAGCUGUGCUGCUCCGUAGAGCAGGCGGAGGAGAUUAUGGGCACUGAAGCCACAGGGCUGGGAUUGGGACUAGGAUUAGGGUUGGGAUUGGGAGGCGGCGCCAGACUGGAUGAUUACCCAUGCAUCCCGGUGGAGCACGCCAUUGCGGUCGAGUGCGACGAACAGGUUUUGGGAGAAUUCGACGCCGCUGGGAUUGAGGAAGUCUCGCGGCGCAUCUAUGCACUAGAGAACAUGUCUAGCUUCCGACGGCCUCGGAAGAACUCGGAAAAAUAACUGGUAUACAGGACGUGGCCCUGGAAAAAACGGGUCAGAGGGUGACAGGUGUCCAAGUUGAUUGGUGUCUUAAGGCUGAGCCUGUGUAAUAUUUCACCCUGACUGCAACAAGUAUAGACAUUACAUAAAGAAAUAUAUUAUUAAUAAUAUUGUUAUAAUAAUUAUUAAUAUUAUUAGGAAAUAUCUGGAAUAUUGACCAAUUUGCACUUCUCAAAGCAUUUCUAUAAUCCUUUAAAGUGAAAUAAAGAGAAUGUUUGUGGUUGAAAUGCGUGCUGGGCAUCUUUCUCGGUGUAUGGAUUCGCAGUCUUAAUGGGAUAGUUCACCCAGAAAUGAAAAUUCUGUCAUCUUUUAUUCACCCUCAUGUCGUUCCAAAUCUGUGACUUUUAUUCCUUUGUGGAAUACAAAAGAAGAUAUUUAGAAGAACUGUUUUGGUCCAUACAAUAAAAGUCAACUGGAUUCAUCCAAAGGUCUUUUGGACCCAGUGUUGCGAUCUUGUCACCUUUUGGUGAAAGGUGUGAUUCGUUUGACUCAGCACAGAACAGAAUUGACUUAGCACAGAAUUUAGCCAUGAACAUGAGUAUUGUAAUUUUACUGUUGUUUUGUAAAAUAAAAUAAUAAUUAUUAUUUGUAGUAAAUCAUGGAAAUGAACCAUUAAUUCAUGGCUACGUAAUAUAUUUCUUUAUUAGUUUGUUUAAUUUGUAGAGUUUAAUUUAUUAAAAUAAAAAUAUUUAAAUAGCAAUAAUAAAAUGUAUUAUUAUUAUAUAUUCAUUUUGAAUGGCUCCCAAAAAACAACAGUGUGAAUGUGGCCUGAGUCAACUGAAGUAGAGAUUAAAAAAAUAAAAAUACUUAUAGUCUAUGUUGAGUUUUUCUUUUAUAUCCUCAUGCUCAAGCUAAUAUUGAUCCACAAGCUAAUAUAAAAAAAAUAUAUAUAUUACUUUUCUUCUUUUGUGUUCCAAAGAAAAAGUCAUGCAGGUCUGGAACAACAUAAUGGUGAUUAAAGGUACAAUAUGUAAGAUUUUUGGAUUAAAAUAUUGACUUGUGUACUUACAUUAUCCCAAUGUUUCCAAGAAUGUUUAAAUCCAGAGAAAUAAGCAAUUUUAACCAGAACACUGACCGUGUCCAUGCGUCGCCUAUCAAUGACAAUGACCCUUGAUUUCUGAAGAAACCAUGGAAACACUAAAGACGCUUUAAUAUAUUAUGUGUUUUAUUAGACAGGUGAUCAACUGUUUGGAUACAUUCAUCGACAGAAAGCUAAUCAUUGUUAUAUAGCUCAACACAGUAAGUCUUAUUGUUUAAAUCUCAUUUUCUUGAUUUACAGUGAGUACCAUGUUUUACCAUGCCUAAUAUCCAUCUAGCUAUCGAUCUAGAAGUGUCUCAUAGUAGCCGCUGAGCGAACGCAGAGUAGCACUACAACAACUUUCAACACACAAAUGUAUCUAAUAUGAUAAAACAACACCGCGUUACCCCACAUAUGCAUGACUGGAAGAAGCGGAAUCGGCGACUGUGGCAUAAUAAAAGUCCCUCUGCUCUCAAGACGUGUGUCGCGCUCGUCUCUCAUUAGCAAUCGCUCCAGCGGCCUCUUUUCUGCUCUCACAGCACUCGGCCCUGCUCUGCUUCAUACUACAGUAACGUUAAUAAUCUCAUCCAUGAACAUGAUUUCCUGUCCCGAUUCUUUUCCACCAACUGUAGGCAUGAAGACAACACCUCACAUGAUUCCGAGUCAUCAAGCUACAGCUUUGUUUUGAAUAAGCGACCUCUAAAAGCAGAAAUUUACAUACUGUGCUUUUAAAUUAUGACAGAAUUUUCAUUUUUGGGUGAACUAUCCUUUUAAAUACCACACAGUGUUACAGCGGGAGCUCUGGUGCACCAGGACCAACCUGAGAGCAAAGCCUGAUACAUACCAGGCCGUGCAUCAGGAGGAAUGGCUGUUGGUCUGGGUGGGCGGAAAGGGCGAGGAAUGUCUGUGUGCCAAUGACACCCUUUCUCAUGCUGCACACCCGAGUCCUGCUUCCAGAAAAAGAAAAACAUGCACGCACAUAUUGCGCAAAUCAGUUUUUUUCUCAGUCUGACCAUUGUAAGACCUUGUAUUCUCUCUGAUUUAUUCACCCAGAAUUAUAAAAUCCUGACAGCUGUGCUUCACAGUUUGAUGCCGUGUCAACACUGGAUGUGAGUGGCACAUCACCACAUAACAAAACUCAAUAGCUCCUAUUAUAACCAACAAAUCUGUCUACACUUGAAAUGAUCAUUGUUGUUGGCCCGUUUCUUUUUUUGCACCCAAUUCUCAAGGGGUUUUUUUUCUCUAAAAAAUCUUUUUGUUACAGGCUUUUUGCCUGUUUUUUUGUUUUGUUUUUUGUGUGCCACUCCAGCUUUAUUUUUCCAAUCCAUCUAUAAUAAAAUUGAAUCUAAAUAAACUGUUUUUUAACCAUAUAAAUGAGCAGUUGUAACAUUAUGUAUAAAAUUGGUUUUUUCUUCUAAAAUAAUGUAUACAAAGUGAAAUGGCAUACCUAUGUGGAAACGUGACAUCAGUCACUUCAAGUAUAGACAUGGUGUAAAAAAUCUAGAUUACCAUAAGCUUAAACAACAGUUUAGGCCAAACCUUCAGGGUUGCGAGGUCUUUAUUCCAAAAUGAACUUUUUCCUUGAAGGUGCUUUAAUGUCAAUGAUCUUUCCCACUGUAUACAGUUAUUCAGCUAUCAGACAAACCAAAAUACAAAUGAUGUGCACUGCAUACUGUUGAAGAGGAGCAGGAUGGCCGUUCCUCUGCAUUUACUGCAAUUCUUCUUCUUUUUUUUUUUUGUCUUGAUUAUGGCGUUAAUCCUCAUUGUUUCGUGUUGCACACUACUCUUCAAUGUAAUUUCCUCUAAAAACAAUAUUCAUCCAUCCGCACAAGUUUCAAAAGCCAUUUGUGUGUGUGUUUUUCCCCAAGCAGUAUUCUAUACUUAUAUUUAUAUUUUGGUGUCCUUUAUUCUAAUCUGCUUUUCAGGUAUACACAAGAGUCUGAUCCUCUUCCAUAAGAAUCACAUCAUGAAUGUAAUAAACACUCAACAAAGGACUAGUAAUGGAUUAGUAAUGGUUGACUUUUACAUCAGGAAGGACUAGUAAUGGUUGACUUUUACAUCAUUUCAUCCUGGCCUGAAACCCUUGUUUGAUUUCCUGUCUCUUGUAGAUUUUCCUUGAAUGACUGUUGAUACAUGAUGUAUUUAAGACAAAUACAAAGAAAUUUGUUUCCAUAAAUUGCUGUGACACUGUACAUAUACUUUUGUAUGAAAGGUGUUUUAUUAUUAAAGAUCAGUUUAAUGAUAUGA